CCUGUUGAUGGGCGAGGUCUAUAAAAGGCGUGGUCUCGCAAAGGGAGGCGUGAUCUAGAUACAGGGGCGUGGCUAGAGGCGAACCGUGGUCUCUAGGAGGCCGCGGGGCAGCGCGGCGGGCGUGGCGUCGAAUGUGGGCGUGUCUCCUCCCGCCGAUUCAAAUUUGAAGCACUCGCUUUCCCGCCUGAAGUUGUUUCCCCGCCGCGGCGACGUCACCGCCGCGGGGCCCGCGGCACCCAAUCGGGGCCGGGCCCGCCGCCGCCCGCCGCCAUGGCCUCCAGCAUCCAGGUGCUGCUGCAGGCGGCCGAGUUCCUGGAGCGGCGGGAGCGCGGUCCCGCGGGGCCCCGCCGCCCACCGGAGCUGGCAGAGGCCGAGCACGGGUAUGCCUCGCCGUGCCCCGGGAGGCCCCGCGGGGCCGUGGGCGGUGUCAGGUCGGUGCACAGCGCGCUGGAGAAGCACAGGUACCGGGGCGCGGCGGGGGAAGCGGCGGGGCGGGAGUGGCCGUGCCCUGCCCGGGCUGACGGCCGUGUCGCGUCCAGGAGAGCCCGGCUCCGGUGCUGCCUGGAGCGGCUGAAGCAGCAGGUGCCGGCGGGAGCAGGGCCGGCCCGGCCCACCACACUGAGCCUCCUGCGCCGCGCCCGGCUUCACAUCCAGAGGCUAGAGGAGCAGGAGCUGAGAGCGCGGAGAGACAAGGACCAGCUGCGUAACCGACAGCGGAGCCUGCAGCAGCGGCUGGAGCGGCUGCUCUCGCCCAGCAGCGGGGAACGGGCGCGGGCAGACAGCCUGGACUCAUCCCAGCUCUCGGAGCCCUCUGAGGGAGAGGAUGCUGAGAUAGAGGUGGAUGGCACAGUGUUUGGCGUGGACCUGCUGCCUGGCUUCAGCACCGGAAGGGACCACAGCUACUCCAGCCCCUGUGGCCCCACAUCAUGACAGCGCCCGCUGACGUCCCUGCACUGCUCUGCCUGCCUCCUCCCUGCCUGCCGCUGCCAGAAACACAGCCUCUGCCGGCUUCAUCACGGCUGCCUGGGGUAAGGGGCCAUGGGUAGGGGCAAGUGCCCAGCUUGGCCCCCCUGCUACCAAGCCGCUGAGCGGCAUCGGACACAGCGCUGAGCGCAUGGGGCUGGCACGGCACUGUGGCUCCCACAAGAGGGGCCGGCUGUCACAGAGACACCCUCUCGCCUCCCCUGUACACCCACAGACAGGCUGUGGGCCGGGGCUGCCCACCGUGGGUGCUGGGCAGCAUCAAUCCUGGCAGACACAGCUACAGGAGGGGCCCAGCCAGCCCUGGAGAAACAGGAAGGGGAAAUGAGCGCACUAAUGAACCUGCUUUCAUACUCCUGCAGCCACUCCGUUGUUUUGUACAUACC